GUAAAAUAAAUUAAUUUUUUUCUAAGCAAUGUUUGUGUGAAUUCUCAUUCUUCGACAGUUUACCAGGUUAUUGUAUUCAUAUCACAAAUGUCUAAAAGAAUAUUCCGGGAACGCGUGCAUUUUGUUUAAAUCCGUUUCAUAAAUUGCACAUAGUUUGCUCGUUCCACAGCCAUGUGAUGCCUCGCUUCUUUGCUUUAAGAUGGCAAUUUUUCUGUGCAAUAUCUUUCUUUAUUUCCGUGCUCUUCAUGGAACAAUGCGAAGUAACAAAUCUUCGGAAUAUCGCAACAUUUUGGAAUUUUUCUAUUAUAAGCCCCAAGUCUCCUCCAUUUUCUGAGGUGCUAGGCAAAAAUUUUGACCUGCCAAAUCAUGUGGACAAAAAUGAAUUAGACGUGAAGAUCUCCAUGAAAGAUCAUUCAAAUACAACAGAAAACCUAGAUCUUGCAAGUUACCGCACGACGAGACAAGCUUCAAAGCUUUCCACCACAACAGCAAUUGAUGUCUCAGAGUCUCCUGAAACGCUACCUUGGUGGGAACGAGUCAACGUCACAGACUGUAACGAACUCAACAGCUUCAAGUACAAGAACGCGAGGAAAUUUCUUCCAAGCACUCAUAACAUCAGUAAUUUCAAGCCGAUUAUAGGCCACUGUGGAUACAGAGCGUCACUCCUAGGCGACGAUCAGAAAGUUAUUUCUUACUCUGUUUACGGUAACGAUUCAGACUACUUCUAUGGGAUAUCGUUUAUAAUGGAAGAUGCUAGAAUACUGUAUCCGGGUUGGAAUAUCCGCAUUCACACACUCCCUAAAGAACACUACUCCUUUUUCUGUCCUCUGUUGAUGAAGUAUCCCAACUUGGCCUUGUGUGAUGCUGAGAACCUGCCUGAGCCUCUGGGUGACGUGUCGAUGUUGAACCCAAUGCUGUGGCGCUCGUCACCCAUGGGGGACCCGCAGGUCGAGCGGUUCAUCGUCAGGGACUCGGACGCCAAGUUGAGUAAGAGAGAAGCGGCGGCCGUGGAGCAGUGGAUAUCAUAUCGGAAGCCGCUGCAUUUAUUGAGAGACCAUCCCGCGCACACCGCACCCAUCAUGGGUGGCAUGUUCGGCAUCUGGCAACCUCCUCCAAUGCUGAAAAUAUUUGAGAAAAUUCGUCAACGCCUUUUUGUCCGAAACUUGAACGACGAUCAAUACAAUUUAGCGAGGGCGAUGCCAGCAGGCCUCCUUCUGCAUCACUCGGUACAGCACAGCAGCUAUCAAUGCCGGUUGCUGGGGAAAGCUUUACCCUUCCCGACCCAGCGGCAGGACGGCAUCUUCGUCGGCAACGCGAUGUACAAAUCUCAGUACCGCAAUGUCACAUCCAUCAUGCCGAGAUGCCCGGUGGCCUGUAGGCCUCCUGAACACCAGGACUGGCUGUACUGCUGACACGUUAAUUCCUUCCAGAUGUGCAACCAUCAAAAAUUCAUCAUAUCAAAGGGGAAAAUAAAUUUCUCUUAUCAAGAUUUCGAGAUGUGCAACUAUCAAAAAUUCAUCAUAUAAAAGGGAAAAAUAAGGUUCUCUUAUCAAGAUUUCGAGAUGUGCAACUAUCAAAAAUUCAUCAUAUCAAAGGGGAAAAUAAAUUUCUCUUAUCAAGAUUUUCGAGAGUGUACUUUGUCAAAUCACUUGAUAGGUAUUGAUGUUGAAGAAAAAAAAAUACAAUAUUGAACUUUUUAUACAGAUCAGUAAACACGAUUGUAUGUAUGGAAAUUAUCACCACAAAUGCACGCUUCUUUUUUCUAU